AUGGCCAGCAUGACCUCGAAGUUAAAGCGCAAGAGCGGCCGCAAAGCGAACAAGAAUGCGGGCAAGGUGGACGACAAUGCCAAUUCUGCACCAUUGAAUGCGCCUACGCCUAUUCCCCAGGUUGCUAUUGAUGCGAUAUCACCGAAGAGUAGUGGCGUGAACCUAGCCAAGAUAUCUCCCCCACAACCAGCAGGCCCAGCAACCACCUCGCAGCAAGUAGUUUCUGGGAAGGAGCAAGCAAUGGUUACUUCGAACGUCCCAAAAGAAUCUGCUCAAGGGCAGCCUGGAGCGUCGAUCAGUAUCCCAACAACCCACUCAACAACUCAGAAAGAAGGUCACGAGGGCUUGGAUCGAGGCUCUGUGCUGAACGCUAGCAAUCUACGAAGCAUGUCUGUAUCGCCUGGAGCUCAGUCGAGAUCAAAGUACCACACAAUUGUUGACCCCAGUGAAUUCAGGCACAUGGUAGCUCCGUUAAGGCCGACAAAGUCCGCUGAUACCGACAACGAGAGCGAACAAUCGAGUUCCUACGACCACUCAUCGCGCCCUCAUCACCACCAUCACCACCACCACCACCACCACAAUAACCAUCAUCACAGUACCCACAGCUUGCCGAGCUGGGCUCCUCGCCCGGGCAUGUCUCGGAGCAACUCUCUGGCCCAGCUAGCCCGUGAGCAUAGACAGAGUUUACGGGGCGACCCAAACGACACGUGGGCCUUCUACAACCCGGAGGGGCUUGUUACCUCGCCUUCCAGACCAACCACCCCGCCUCAGCACAGUGUCGAGCACCUCGCGUUCACAGGAGAGAACUCCAAUCUUCUAUAUCGAACAGGCUCUCGGUUAUUCACUGAGCGUGUGGAAAGCAGUGGCCAUGUAUGGUACUUGGACGAUGCACAAAAGUCAAGGCGGACAUCCGAAGCUAGCAAUUCAAGUGAUGAGACCCGCAGUGACGAUGACAUUUUCCGGGUGAUUUCCCGCCCAUCGUCCCGGCCUUCAUCUCGCCCUCCAUCAGUACCGGUUUCGCGUAUGCAAUCGAGACGGAACUCUGCGUCGUCGUGCCAGUUCUCAGUUCUGGGCUCAGAAGAUAGUGGCGCCGAGAGCGAUGUUAGCUCAGUCUACAGCGCGGAAAGCGACGAUGAUUUCGGGGCCAGCAUUACGCAGGAAGUAAUUGCCAGAGUGGUUGAUUUUAUGCUCGGGCUACCUGAAAACUCAUCAAACGGCAUCCGUGCCUUGCUACGAUCAGACAUUCCCCAGGAUCCAAUCGAAAAACGGAGGUUCCGCGAGGCAGGCAGUGUCGGAGACCCGGCCUGGCUGCUAGGGGUUGCCGUUAUGAUCAAAGAUUUUUUAAAAUAA